ACAAUUAAAAAUUAACAUGAAUAUUUAAUAUGGACAUGCUGCAGACCACCUGAAACUCGCGGACCACUGGUGGUCCAUGGACGGCAGGUCAACAACCUCUGGGACAGAAGUCGCAGGCUGGAACUCGAACCAUUAUAUUAUACCACCCUGUUGCUGCUUAGAGGCCUCUGCUUGGGUGCAGUUGGAAAAAGAGAGCCCUAGACUGAUGGGACUGUAGUGACAAUGCGACCUCCAAGCCUACUUCCUCCUCAGAAGUAAGCCUCACAAAAUUCAAGGGGACUUAUUUCCAAUCUGCACCGCCCGCCUACUUCCCACCCCUCGCUCGGUUCGAAUGACUUUGCCGAUUCGAACGGCGCCGUUCGAGGACUGGAUUGGUGGACGGCCCGGAGAGGGGCGGGGGCUUGAGACGUGGCGCGUUGUACGAAUUUAGCGGAAGAAGGCGAAGGGGAAGAAGAAGCUUUUGUCAGAGUCGCUACCGCAGGAGGCACCAUGCGGCAUUCCCCAGCAGCCGGCCCCAGUUCCAGGCGAACCCCCUCAACCCCUCCACGCCGGGGACGACGUCCUGGAACAUCUCCACGCUGGGGACAACGUCCUGGAACAUCUCCACGCCAGGGACGGUCACCCCGAGCUUCUCCACGCCGUCCUCGCCGGGAGCAACCCCGAGAAGAAGAGGCAGGCCGCCGACGUCGGCGAAGGUACCGACCUGGCCAACGGGCUAUGCUGGAGAUCCGGAAGUACCAGAAGACCACCAAUUUGCUCAUCCGGAAGCUGCCCUUUGCCCGUGUGGUGCGUGAGAUCUGCCUGGAUUUCACCCGUGGGGUUGACAUGCAAUGGCAGGCUAUGGCUUUGAUGGCUUUGCAAGAGGCCGCUGAAGCGUUUCUCAUCCACCUGAUGGAAGACGCUUACCUCUGCGCCAUCCAUGCCAAGCGCGUCACCCUCUACCCCAAGGACAUUCAGCUGGCUCGGCGGAUCCGUGGCAUCCAAGAGGGCUUGGGUUAGCUCCCCUCUCCCUGUCUCCCUGAGCUGAGAAUGCCUCUCCCAGGAACCAAAAGUCACAAGGAGCAUCCCAGAAACCACAACACACUCCGGGACCUGCUUCGGAGGAGGAUUGCCUCACUUGGGCCCAAAAGCACCUGUGAGGGGGAAGAACAGCCCUGAUUCUUCUUUUUUGCCUCUUUGGAACUCUGAGGAAAGUUGGGCCUUCCUCCUCCGCUUUCAUUAUUCCCCCUUCCCCACCCCUUAAUAACUAAUAUGGGACUCUGUAUUUGUUGGUGGGGAGAGGAAGUUCAUUGGAUUGAUGUCAGCUGUGUGAAGGGGGCGUAAUACUGACUGGGCCCUAUUCAGCCCCAAGUGAAGUACUUUAAAAGCCCCAUUUGACUUUCGUGAGGGAAUGAUAAAGCACGUGAUUUUAAAUGGAGUGUGUGGUGUUUGUGUGCACCAACCUGUGGCCCUCCAAAUGUUGCUGCACUACAGCUCCCAUCAUCCUUGACCAUGCUGGCUGGGGCUGAUGGGAGUUGGGAGCCCAGCAACCUCUGGAGAAGCAACACAGGUCCCUCGCCCCUGCUUUUAGAUCUUUCUCACAGAAACCACUGGGGCUUAAAGUUUCAGUGAGAUUGUACCCAUAGUUUUUACUUAGGCCCCAUCGGCACUAUCCAUUUAUAGCAUUAUCAUGCCACUUUAAGUAGCUAUGGCUUCCCCAAGGAAUCCUGGGAAUGGUAGUUUGUGAAGGGUGCUGUUAGGAAACCUCUCCCUUGACAAAGCUACAAUUCCCAGAGUGGUUUAACAGUCAAUCUCUCUCUUCUCGGAGAACUGUAGCUCUGUGAGGGAUUUCCUAAUAACUCUCAGCACCCUUAAUAGACAACAGUCCCCAGGAUAUUUUUUUGCGGGGGGAGGCAUGACUGUUUAAAGUGGCAUGACACUGCUUUAAAUGUAUAGUGCAGAUGGGGGCUUAGAGUUUUAAACAAUUGCUUUCCUUUUCUAACAUGAGAUUUUAUCUUGCUGCCAAUGAGGGUUUUUCCAUGUGCUGCUGUCUCUCCCACCCCAGUGGACUCUCUAAGUACGCCUUCGCCAACCUAGUGCCUCUCCACCGAGGUUUUGGACUACAACUCCCAUCAGCUCUAGCCAGCAUGCUGGCUGGGGCUGAUGGGAGUUGUAGUCCAUACCUGGGCGGGGGCACUAAGUUGGUGAAGGCAGUUCUAGAACCUUCCAUCGUCAUCCUGCUGAUACUCCGCCACCCCUGUUAUCCCCUCCCUUCUCAGCUUUCCAUUUCACCUCAGAAAUGAGAACGUUAACAGGAGAGGGAUAGGAGAAGCUCUCUCCCCAGCCAGAUGUGAGAGGUAAGCAACCUCGCCUCAUGGCUCAUCCCUGCUUGGAAACUGCAGAGUGAAAAUCCUGUCACCAACCUUGCAGGUGACUCCUGUGCAGAACAAAAACAUGCAGGCUCUUUUGUAAAUGUACAACAAACACUCACCUGGCAAGGGGGGAGAGAGAGAUACACAAUGGGCGAACUGAAACUGUUUUCAUUCUAUCUUUUGUUAAUGUUUUGUGUCAAAUUUUGAAUAAAAUGGGUUUGAACAUUUCUA